UAGAGUAGAGAUAUCAAAGUUUGUAAUUUAAAACCUAAGAUUUGUUUUUUUUUUGGAGAAAGACACAAGGAAUCUAAUCGCAUGAUCUUUGGUUCACCAUCCUUAAUUUAUGCUCACUUUAGUUAAGCAUCUCAUCAGAAUCGCUGUUGGCAAUAAUCCCAUGAUCUUUGGUUCACCAUCCUUGAUUUAUACUCACUUUAGUUAAGCAUCUCGUCAAAAUCGCUGUUGGCAAUGGAAUCUGUGGUGGAAAAAUGGCCAAACGUGAUAAUAGCGGCGGAGGAGGGUGAUUCGGAGUCCUCUUCGAAUCCUACAGACGCGGUGUUGUUCGUGGGGAUCUCGUUAGUGUUGGGAAUUGCAUCGAGGCAUGUACUUAGAGGAACUAGAGUUCCUUAUACAGUUGCUCUGCUUGUUCUUGGCAUCGCCAUGGGAUCAUUAGAAUACGGAACAAGCCAUCGGUUAGGGAAGGUUGGUGAUGGAAUACGGAUCUGGGCAAAUAUUGAUCCAGAUCUUCUAUUAGCUGUUUUUCUCCCUGCUCUUCUUUUUGAAAGUUCAUUUUCAAUGGAGGUGCACCAAAUAAAGAAAUGCAUGGCACAAAUGAUAAUUCUUGCUGGGCCUGGGGUUCUAAUAUCCACAUUCAUUCUGGGCUCAGCUUUGAAGCUAAUUUUUCCAUAUGACUGGAGCUGGAAAACAUCAUUUCUGCUUGGAGGACUUCUAAGUGCUACUGAUCCUGUUGCUGUGGUUGCUUUGUUAAAAGAGCUUGGUGCAAGCAAAAAACUAAGUACUAUUAUUGAAGGAGAAUCAUUAAUGAAUGAUGGGACUGCAAUUGUUGUCUAUACACUCUUUUUCCGAAUGGUGACUGGAUCAAGCUUCAGCUGGGAGACCAUCAUAAAAUUCUUAGCAACAGUAUCUCUUGGAGCUGUAGGAAUGGGUGUUGCAUUUGGUCUGGUGUCAUAUUUGUGGCUUGGAUAUAUUUUCAAUGAUACGGUGAUAGAAAUUACAUUGACUGUUGCUGUAAGCUACCUUGCUUAUUUCACGUCUCAAGAAGGUGCUGAUGUUUCUGGAGUAUUAACAGUGAUGACAUUGGGAAUGUUUUACGCUGCUGUGGCUAGAACUGCUUUCAAGGGUGAAGGACAACAAAGCUUGCAUCAUUUCUGGGAAAUGGUGUCGUAUAUUGCUAAUACGCUUAUCUUCAUCCUAAGUGGAGUAGUCAUAGCUGAAGGCAUCCUCGGAGGUGACAACAUUCUUAAACAUGAACAAAAUUCUUGGGGCUACCUCAUCCUCCUCUAUGUUUUGCUACAACUCUCACGGGUCGUAGUGGUUGGAUCAUUAUAUCCCUUUCUGCAUUAUUUUGGUUAUGGCUUAGAUUGGAAAGAAGCUAUUGUACUAGUGUGGUCUGGUUUAAGAGGCGCUGUGGCAUUGUCUCUAUCUUUAUCCGUUAAGCAAGCUAGUGACACAUCGCCAUACAUCAAUCGUCAAACAGGAUCUUUGUUUGUGUUCUUCACUGGCGGAAUUGUGUUUCUAACACUUAUUGUAAAUGGAUCAACUACUCAAUUUGUUUUGCGGAUGCUAGAAAUGGAUAAACUGUCGGCGGCUAAGAGACGUAUACUAGAUUACACCAAGUAUGAAAUGAUGGGCAAAGCGCUAGAGGCAUUUGGUGAUCUUGUAGAUGACGAGGAAUUAGGACCUGCUGAUUGGCCUACCGUCAAAAAGUAUAUCACAUGUUUGCAUGAUUUAGAAGGAGAACGUAUCCAUCCUCAUACCGCACCAGAGAAUGAUAACAAUGUGGAGCACAUGCAUCUAUCUGAUAUACGUAUACGAUUUUUAAAUGGUGUGCAAGCUGCUUAUUGGGGGAUGCUGGAGGAAGGUAGGAUCACCCAGUUUACAGCAAACAUUUUGAUGCAAUCUGUGGAUGAAGCACUUGAUUCGGUGUUGCGUGAACCACUAUGUGAUUGGAAUGCCUUGAAAGCUAAUGUUCAUUUCCCUAAUUAUUAUAAGUUCCUGCAAACAAAUAUGUUCCCCAGGAGGCUUGUAACCUACUUCACAGUCGAAAGGUUGGAAUCUGCAUGUUACAUAUCUGCUGCCUUUCUCCGUGCCCAUAGGAUUGCACGGCAGCAACUACAUGACUUCAUUGGUGAUAGUGAUAUUGCUUUGGCGAUAAUUGAUGAGAGUGAGACAGAAGGAGAGGAAGCAAAAAAGUUCCUGGAAGAUGUUCGCAUUACUUUUCCACAGGUUUUGCCUGUUUUGAAAACAAGGCAAGUGACUUAUUCGGUGCUCAAUCAUCUAAUCGAAUACGUUCAAGAUCUUGAGAAGGCUGGAUUAUUAGAGCAGAAGGAAUUGGUUCAUCUUCAUGAUGCUGUCCAGACUGACUUGAAGAAACUUCUACGUAAUCCUCCUAUAGUUAAGAUUCCUAAGGCACAUGAUCUGAUUAGUUCCAAUCCUUUGUUGGGAGCCCUUCCAUCAGUAGUCCGUGAGCAAAUCGUGGGUUCCACCAAAGAGACAAUGAAACUACGUGGUGUGGCCCUUUAUAGGGAGGGAUCCAAGCCAAAUGGCAUAUGGCUGAUUUCUAAUGGUGUGGUGAAGUGGGCAAGUAAGAGGAUAAGAAACAAGCAUUCCUUGCAUCCAACAUUUGCACAUGGAAGUACUUUGGGCUUAUACGAGGUGCUGAUUGGAAAGCCUUACAUAUGUGACAUUAUUACUGAUUCUGUGGUACUCGGUUUCUUCAUUGAAGCCGAAAAGAUACUUUCGGUGCUUGGAACUGAUCAUGCUGUCGAAGAUUUUUUGUGGCAGGAAAGCUCGAUCAUACUCUCAAAACUGUUGCUUCCUCAAAUAUUCGAAAAAAUGACCAUGCAUGACCUAAGGACUCUUGUGGCAGAAAGAUCAACUAUGAACACAUAUAUAUCUGGAGAAAGUUUUGAACUACCCCAGAAUAUGAUUGGUUUGUUAUUAGAAGGAUUCAUCAAAACCCAGGGUGCUUUAGAACUUAUUACUGCACCAGCGGCAUUAUUCCCUUCAUAUGGUGACCGCAGUUUCCGGGUGCCAGAAAUAGCAGGCGCAAGCUUUUCUUAUCAUGCAUCCUCCUACACAGUUGAGUCAAGGGCAAGGGUGAUUAUGUUUGAUGUUGCUGGAUUUGAAGGCAGUAGAACCCUUCAGAGGAGGACAUCUUCAUUAAUAUCACAUGGCGAUGAUAACCCUGUGAGAUCCCCAAGUGGAGACCAUGCUGGUCUAAUGAGUUGGCCCCAACGCCAUAUUAAGUCUUUCCAACAUCUUGAACAUCCCAGUGGCAACAUAAACAACUUUUCUGCCCGAGCAAUGCAACUAAGCAUGUAUGGCAGCAUGAUUUCCAACAAAGCACGUGGUUCUCGUACUUCUCCAAAUGAACUAGCAAAGCCAUCCAAGAAGCCAUCUCAUAGCAGGUCUUAUCCAAUAGUCCCACCAACAUUUAGCCGGCAGCUGAUUUCUGUGAGAUCAGAAGGGUCUACGACAGUGACAAAGGUGGGAGAAACAGCAAGGGAACCCCUUACAGCCCCACGCGGAAACACAGACACAAUUGAUACUCGUGAAAUGGAUUACUCAAGUGAUGAAUCUGGUGCUGAGGAUGAACACAUCGUUAGAAUCGAUUCGCCAAGUACUCUCUCUUUCCCCAGAGCUCCCUAACCUCUCUAUAGACUGCAGUCCACUUAUUUGUCAUCAGCUAUCUUCUGUUGCACUUUCCUGGCUUCCAUAAGGAAAACAACUUUUGGGUUCUCAUGUAUGUAUGCCUUUCUGGAGAGACUUGCACAAUAAAGUUCCAAUUGUGGUUAAUAUUGAAGCAUCAUAUUGUUUUUGGUUGGGUGUCUGCAAAUCUAAGAGCAUCCAUGCAUAUGAUAGCAGUUUUCUGGAAAGUCUGUUUAGGGUGAAAAAGCAUGGUGAAAAGUGUGGGGUGGCGUUUGAUUCGUUGGAAUUUGGAGGAGCUGGAAUGGUCGAUUCCAUUGACCAAAUUCCAUUAUGUGUGUUUGGUUCAUUCUUUAAGUUUUACUAAGAACUUGUUGUGGAAUGUAAGUUUAAUGCAAAAAAUUCCAUUUCUUUUA